AUUAAAAUUUUAUAUUUUUAAACUUGCUAACAGCAUGUAAAUUACAUUUCUGUCAACAACAUUAUAUAUGUAACCGUGGGUUCAAUGACUCUGAAACUGAAUUAAAUAUGUCGAUAAUUAUCAUUUUUAUCACAUUUCCAUUUAGGUGAAAGUGCGUCUAUCCGUUGGAAUUUGCUUGUUACUUUAAUAUCAACUUGAAUAGAAAUUUUUAAUUAUUUGUAUUGCAAUAUAUUUGCUCGUAAGGCACGCAGAUUUAUAAUAAAGACACUUUCUUGAUGUAAUUAAAAGUCAAUAUAUUGAUCAAGUCUAUGAACUCGAUUGUCCGCGUUCGAGAUCUGAUAAUCUCAAGUACCUCGCAGGUACUCGUAAUCGUUUGCGUUUAGUAACAUGAUCCGUUUUGCUGUUAGUGUGUGACUACCGUAUGACUUGGCACAAAACGCUGUCGUAUUUUUUAUCAUAUUAUAUACGUGGUAUCACUGCUCCUAAGACAAAGCAUCGCAAAUCGUAGAUACGCGCAUCCAUUGUGUUGUUAUCAAAACGUCAGUGCACAGUGGCAAGGAAUAGUGAGCACGAUACGAAAGUCUGUAUUCGAUGUUGAUAUAAUGCAAACGAAAACUAGAAAUCUUGUAUCUCCGCAGUUCGGAAUACAAUCAGUUCGGAAUAGAGACGGGUAAAUUGAUGUACGGAAAAUCGCGGAGGAGAAAAAAUACAUCGCGACGGAAAAAUGAACGACAGGCCCACUUCGACCAAAAUAGAGGUAGAAGGUGUUGUGCUAGGCGAUUCACCGUAUGCACCUACUACAGAGGAAGUGCAAGAGAAUAUUGUGGUGAAAGAACCAGUGGCUGCCAUGGAUACAACAGACAAGAAAGGCCAAAAUUAUAACACGAGACAAGCUAACAGCUAUGCAGCUAAGAAAACUGUGGCGCAGGGUAUGAUGGACGUUGCACUCAUAACAGCUAAUGCGAAUCAACUGAGAUAUCUCAUUGAAUAUCAACGAAGCAGCCCGACGUUUUAUCUUAUUAUGAUUUUGAUUAUCAUCAGUCUCUUAUUACAGAUCGCCGUUGGGAUUAGUUUGAUUUUCAAAGGCCGUUUUGACAUCAAAGGCAUGUCAAAAUCUCCCAGUGCACAAAGAAUCAAUAAUUACGUCGUAGUGGGAGUCUUUCUCAUUACGAUUAUUAAUGUAUUUAUAGCUGCAUUCAGUAUAACCGCUCCCGACACACAACCACUUUCAGCCUUGACUUCUGCCAAUAGGGCGUAAACACCUCAACAUGUAAUUUAUAUAUUGAGCUUACAAUAUUGUAUUUUAUUACUGCUGUUAUCGUAUUCAUAAAAAGUAUAAUAAAUAUGCAACUGUUGAUUUAUAAAUUGGAUUAUAAAGUGAUGUACCCAACAGUAAGUAGUCCAAGAUUCGUUUUUCACUCCUGCACUGUCUGUUAUUAUUAUUUAAUGUGUGAUGUUUAAAACACAUAUGUGUUAUUAAUAUUAGUCUAAUUAUAAAUGUGGAUAUGUGUAUAACGCGAAAGAACACGCGCAAGUACAGUGGAUACUUCAGACAAAACUGUAUUAUAUGGAGAUAUUAUUUUAUCUGACAGUUAUGCAAUUUUUAGAUUUUUUUAAACUUUACACUUUCGACGGAUGCUCUUUUUAGAAUUCAUUUCGAACAGUUAUAAAUGCUAUUCUGGUCACGAAAUGUACAUACAAGAUUAAAAAAUGCUGCGACAGUGAUCACUAUAAUGGAAAAACAAA